UUCGGGAGUUUCUUUGACAAUGUUUUACCAUGUUCAGUUAGAGCAUGAAAUUGUGUUGCAUCCUCGCUACUUUGGACCGAACUUGCUUGACACGGUGAAGCGGAAGUUGUUUGCAGAGGUGGAAGGCUCAUGCACUGGAAAGCAUGGAUUUGUGAUUGCUGUGACAACUAUCGACAAUAUUGGAGUUGGAUUUGUUCAGCCAGGCCAGGGAUUUGUCAAGUAUCCUAUCAAAUACAAGGCUAUUGUCUUUCGGCCCUUUAAGGGAGAGGUGCUAGACGCUGUAGUGACUCAAGUCAACAAGGUUGGCUUAUUUACCGAGGCUGGUCCACUGACCUGCUUCAUAUCAAGACACUCAAUCCCAAGUGACAUGGAAUUUGAUCCCGACUCUAAUCCUCCAUGUUACAAAACACAAGACGAGGAUGUCGUCAUACAGCAAGAUGAUGAAAUCAGACUUCGAAUUGUUGGAACAAGAGUUGAUGCCAACGACAUUUUUGCUGUUGGUACCCUCAUGGAGGAUUACUUAGGGCUUGUCAGUUGAUAUCAACUUCAGUCCAAAGCGUCAGCAAUUUUAAGUAGCUCAAUCACAUGUAUUUGGCAGUAAAUACUGUACAACUCGUUAACGUUUUAGUAGAAAGACUCGAGCUGCAUUUAUUCCAUGUUGGUCAAGUUUAGAAAUGUGAAUAUGUAGCAUGGCACAGAAAUGUACAUGUACAAGCCGAGCCAUUACCAGUAUUGAUAUCAACAA